AGUGUAUUGAAUAUACGUUUGCAAAGAUCUCCUCAUCCCUACUCUGAAUCUCAUCAGGCCAUUCUGCUCUACUGGCAUCACACCGCCAAACAUCACAUGUAGCCCAUCAUGAAAUCAGUUACUCUGUUCAUAACGAAUAAUGAAUGGUCGAGCAUUUCUUUUUCUGUGGUAAAUAAGGGUAAAUGGUUUAAAGUAAUGCAUUUAUAGACGAGUAGAUUGUCGCCUGUACCAAAUUCGUUAACAUUCGCCUUUCGCUUUUUUCAACUUGCAUAGAUCAGAAGUCUGGACGACCCCAGCACCACAAUGCACAUCUGACGAAUCCAUCCGCACACACCGGAAAGGACCCCCUGGCCUAAAUGAUGUAUAGCAGGGUAUAUCGUUGAUAAAGCAGAUAUCACAUGUUAAGUCAUGAAAAUGUGUGUAGCACUCUUUAGCCCACCAACGGUACAUUGCAGCUUAUAUGUAGCUUACCUUGCUACAUAGAAAAUGGGGUAGCCAACCAUGUUCACAUGAGAUCCUGUUUUCUCAUCCUAAAAUACAAGACAUUCGAAGUAUGGUGUGACAGGCCUAAUCUUGUUCAGCCAGAAAUAUUUCUGCAAAAAUAAUGUUCCAUCUAUGAAAUAUCACAAGGGACUAUUUUUUGGACGCCGAAGUUUGUGAGAGAUGAGCAAGAGACAGUGGCGGAAUCUCCGCACGAUUGCAGGGUGUUAUUCGGCACUCACACACGGGUGAGCUCUGUGUUGGAGCUUCUAUUGUUGCGUACCGGGACGCGUGAAUUGGAACCGAUUAAAUAAGUUCGCGUUUAAAUAAUUUUCACUGGGCGAUCUCAGUUUUUGGUGUGGCAGACCAUUUCUGCCCUGAGAUUAAACACUUAAGUGUUUUUCAGGGAAAUAUCCAUAGAGACUGCAAGCUAGUGAGCUAUCCCGGCUUCCAACUACAAAUGUUCAACGACAGCUAGCCAACAACUGGAAUUGGAGGACGCAAGUGUGGCUACACACAAAAGGACUGUGACUUGUAAGAAUAAGAAACAAGAAGAAGUGGAUUCCAAUCAAGGUGUAGAAACACCUCAACGAUGAUCAAAAGAGUUGGUGUCACAGCAAAGGGCAUGCCCUCCGUGAUGGAACGCUCCGGGUCGGGGGUUCUGUCCCGAAGCAGGGCCAAAACGAUCACCAACGGCAACAGCCAUCAUUCUGAAGAAGAGAGCAGCGAUGAAGAGCAUGCUCAUGACAGUAUGAUCCGAGUGGGUGGGGACUAUCAGGCCCAGAUCCCAGAGUUCAAACCAGAUAGCACUACGCGAUAUGCAGAGAAGGACGAGAGGAGUAUGCUGGUCUGGUCUCCCCACAGCCUGGUGUCUGGUGCUAUGUUGGAUGAAUAUAUUGUGAUGGCGAAGGAAAAGCAUGGAUAUAACAUGGAACAGGCUCUGGGCAUGCUCCUGUGGCACAAGCACGAUGUGGAAAAGUCACUGGCUGACCUGGCCAACUUCACCCCCUUCCCAGAGGAGUGGACCGUGGAGGACAAGGUGCUGUUUGAGCAGGCCUUCAGCUUCCAUGGCAAGAGCUUCCACCGCAUCCAGCAAAUGUUGCCAGAUAAGCUGGUCUCUAGCUUGGUGAGAUACUACUACUCCUGGAAGAAGACUAGGACUCGGACCAGUGUCAUGGACAGACAGGCUCGCAGGCUUGUCACCAAGAGAGAGAAGGAUGACAGCCACGAUGAGAUCGAGGAAGCAGAGGCUGGGAGCGACAGCGACUUCGAGGUCGAAGCAAAGAAAGAGACGGCAAAGCAGAACUUGGUAGGUCCCGGGGAGUGGGGUUCUGGGCGAUCAGGCCCUAUCCGGAAGGAGAACCAGGGGUCUCAGUACCGGCACCAUCCCCUCAGAGCCCGUCGGCGCCCCCCAAAGGGUAUGCACUUGGAGAAGGAGGACCUGCUCAGCCUCUCUGCAUCCUCAGAAACAGGAGUCGUGUCCAACCGGCAACUGGACAUGCUGCUCGUGUCCCUUAAAAGACAGGUCCAGAGCAUCAAACAGGUGAACAGCUCCAUGAAGCUGGGUCUCAACGAAGGCAUCGACACCGUCAGGCCCAACGAGCCCAACCCUAAGAUCAACUCGCGCUGGACCACGGAAGAGCAGCUCCUGGCGGUGCAAGCAAUCCGCCGUUACGGGAAGGACCUGGGCGCCAUCGCUGAGGUGAUCGGAAACAAGACGGUGGCCCAGGUGAGCUCGUUCUUCAACAGCUACCGACGGCGCUUCAACCUGGACGAGGUGCUGCGGGAGUGGCAGGCCGAACAGGAAGUACUUCUGGGCAACGCUGGGAAUUCAGAGGCCAUGAAGGAGCUGAACGGGACCGCAGGAAUGGAAGAGGAAGAUAUGAAGAUGGACACCGCCUCCCCUCUGUCUCAGUCGGGCACCCCCUCCCCCUCCUCCGGCGUGAGCUCCGGCCCCACCAAGACCCCUCCGCCCCUGACCCAGCCACCCCCACUGCUGCGGCCCGCGCCGCCCUCCGCACCCCCCAGCCUCCUGCGGCAGCCCCCACCUCUGCAGACCAGGCCGCUCCAGAACCGCACCCCCCACAACCAUCCGCCGCCGCCCCUCAUCCGCCCGGCGGUGGCCUCCUCCGGGCAGCAGGCGGGCCUGCGGAGCUCACUGGGCUCAGGUGCACCCCCUGCUGGCCAGCUGCCCCCAUCUCUGGUGGGGAUGAAGGUGGAUCCGCCCCAGGCCCACUAGCAGUGUGACGGGGCAGGUGCUGG